GGUUUCUGUGCUCGUAACUUUUCUAUCGAAAGCGUUAAUCCCCAUAUUUCUGACCCUCGGCCGGCCCCUGAACGCCCCUCACGCUCAUCACACCUGAUUAAUCUCACCUGUCGGUGAAACGGCGGCGUCUGAACCGGACCGAGUUACCGAGCGGACCGCGACGCUGCGCUCCGGGGACCGGCGGCGGGAUGCAGAAAGGCCUGAAGAAGUACUUCGUCAACAUGGACGAGUACCUGUCCAGUGUCGGUCUCUUCCGCAAGAUGGUGGCGCGGGACGCGUCCAGUCUGUUCCGGGCCGUGUCAGAGCAGUUGUACUACUCUCAGAACUACCAUCGGAGGAUUCGUCAGGACUGCGCCGACUUCAUGAGAACCAACAGGUGUAACUUUGAACCGUUUGUUGAAGGUUCCUUUGAGAAAUACCUGGAGCGUCUUGAGGACCCGAAGGAGACCGUGGGUCAGGUGGAGAUCAAGGCUCUGUCUCAGCUCUACAGGCGUUGUUUCCUGAUCUAUCGUUACCCGGGGAAACCAGCCACAGUGAUCUCAGAGGACGACUUUGUGGACAAGGUGAUGCUGUGUUGCUCCAUUAAUGGUCAUUAUGACAUUGUUUACCCGAGGAGUUACCCCGCCUCCGCAGCCCUCUGUCAGGCUCUCUUGUACGAGCUGCUCUACACUCAGGUGUUUGGGGUGGAGGAGGCGGAGCUCUAUCAGGCAAUGGAGGCCUCCAGGGUCGGAGGUCGGAGCUAUAGAAACAGUGUGUCAAUGUGUAGUGAUGUUGACAUCUGCUACGACACGCCUGACGACCGAGGACAAAGGGAGGAGGUGGAGUCAAGUGGAGCUGCUGACGACAGAGUCAGAGCAGUGAUGGACGACACAAAGCCUCAUUCUGAAGCUCCGCCCCCGUCCAGACUGUCUCUGCCUUACAAAGUCAUGAAAUCUCUGGACGGAGACGUUUACAGAAACCUAGAGUUUGACGUGUGGCAGGACACGUGCAAAGAGAUGCAGAAGACGGACUACAUGGUGUUUGCAGGGAGACAGUACUUCCUGGGAGACAAGUGUCAGGUGCGUCUGGAGCCGAAGGGGAAGUACUACAACGCCUUCAUCCAGGAAGUAGGAACACACUCGUCAGCCGUCACCGUCUUCAUCGAGGAGCUGGGAGAGAAACACCUGGUUCCUCUGACUGAUCUGAAACCAGUUAAUCCAGUUCCUGCCUGGAACGUCGCUGCUCCAAUCAGAAAAGGAGAUCUGGACUCGGACCCUCGUGGUCAGCGUCAUCACCGUCAUCGUUACUUCAGGAAGUCUCGGGGCAGCAGUGGGGUGAAGGGGGCGGAGAUGCUGAUGCCGCCGCCCUCUUCCUACGGAGGCCCCGCCCCCUCGACCCUGCCCCCUCGCUUCCAGCCAGCAGGUCACCCUCGCCUGCCCCCCCCUCCAUCACCUGGAGCCAUGACCUUCGACCCCUACGCCCCCCCACACCACCACCACCACCACCACCCUACAGCUCGAGCUCCUCGUUACGGAGCCUCCAGAAGCUCAACCCGUUUCCUCAACCGUCACCUGAUUGGUCCACAGCUGACCUACUACCACCCUGGAAGACGAUAUUACCACGACUACGACAACUACGCCUUUAGGUCCCGUCGUAGCCGUCGUCAGCUGGUCGCUGCUCUCAAUAAAGAUUGUCAGUUUGGUUUCCCGGGGGACGCGGCGGAGGAGCCGGCUGAUUUGGACGCAGCCAUCGCAUACUACCAACUGGACGACGCCAGCGACGCCAUCUUCCCACCACUGUCGGUGAGAAAAACCAGAGCCACGUUAUCACGUCAGGGCCCGGCUGUGCCCCCGCCCCCAAACAUGGUGGUCCCGCCCCCUCCGCCUGGCUCCUCCUAUAGAGUCCAGAGAGGCUUGGGGCCCCUCCCCCCUGCACCUCCACCUGUAAACUCCCCCAUCUGCUCAUCAGAGGACGACCAGGAGGACACGAGCACCGUGGACGACCAGGCUGACUUCACUGAGGACUUCCUCUUCAGCGCUCGGGAUCAGAGUUACCAGACGUCAGGUGUCUACGCUGCUGCGGAGCCCUCCACCAAUCAGGACGAGCAGGAAGGAGGAACAGCUGACUCUCCACCGAGACCAGACCUGAGCUACAACUACACACAGCAGGUCGUGAAGCCAUUGGCUGUCAUCGGUUCUUCACCCUCCUCCUCCUCCUCCUCACCCUCCUCUCCGUCAUCACAUGUAUCUGCAGCUGCUCACCUGCCUCCAAACACUCACACGCAGACACGCUCAGCUGCAAUGACGAUCCCAGCUGCUUCUCCCUGGUUGGCUAAUGAGCUGGGCGAGCCUCUCUGCACAGUGGUGGCUCCGCCCCCUUACUCCUACGACCCCAACGGCAGCGAUUUACCCCGAGACUACAGAGUGCUCCAGUAUUACUUCAACCUGGGCGUCCAGUGGUACCAUCAGAGCUGUUGGCAGCAGCAGCAGCAGGUUUACCCCCCCAGCUCUCCUGAAGCGUCCUACACCUACCAGCCCUACCCCCCCUACCUGAGCCAGGAGCCCCUGCACGCCGCCCCCCAGGUCUAUGAGACGGGCCGAGGCUCCCAUCAGCCCCCCUCCUCCUACCCAGAAUCCACCAGGGCAGGAGAUGGACAGACGGACGGCCCCGCCCCAUCCGUGGAAAGCUCCGCCUCCUCUAUUAGCCCCGCUCCUCAGAGCUCCGCCCCCUCCGCAGCUCUCCUGUACCAGGAGCAGACGCAUCUCCUCCCUCCCCCGAUGCUGCACCUUCCGUACGAAGCUCCGCCCAUGGCCACCUACCUGCCCUCCACCCCCAAUCACCCUCACCCCGCCCACCUCCCCCAUCACUCCUCCUACCACUGCCUCCCCCAGUCCACCCACUGGGGGGCGCUCCAGACAGGGGGCCACACCCAACGGGUUUACUGCCCUGCCCCUAACCCCGCCCACAUGGUUGCCUACAUUACAGCCCCGCCCCCCCACCACACGGCAACACAUUACAUCCCCCCCGCCAUCUAAGACCUUCGUCACUCGUUAGCAACAUGCUACCAUGUCAGGAGGAAAACCUCACGUGUCCAGUGGGAAGUUUCCAGAGGACAAACCAGAGGGAAGAACAUUUCCACAAGAAAGAAAGAGAGAAAUUUGAACAAAAUUGAAAUACGAAUGUUAAAUUACCAGAAUUUCUGGUGUUUAGGGUUUUUUGUUGUUGCAUGUUAGCUUCACAUUGAUCAUUGAAAGAUUUCUGCACAUUAGCUUUUUAGCUGGUAGCUAAAUCCUCUAUUUCAGUUCUUUUUGUACCAAAAGUCUUAGUUUACAUAACUGAAGUUAGACUUAUAAUCACUUAUGAGUCGUCAGUUCAUGUUCAAUGAUUGACAGUGUUACAGGUUGUCGUAGCAACUGGUGUCUGCCCGAUAAGUUUUUUGUUAAAGUUCAAGUUGGUAAAUUGAGUUUAUUUUUGAAGUGUCUGUCAGCCAAUUAGAGAGAGGGGGCGGGGCUGCAGGCAGCUUUUGGUCAGUCCCAGGUUAUUGAUAAGGGACGUUCUUUUGUUGACGUUAAGUUCAAACUAAUGACGAUGAUUCGUUUAGUUUCUGGGAAAAUAAAGUUUGUUUCACCAGCA